CUCUUCUUUUUGAUCCUCAGUGGGGUGCUGAUCGAAUGGUAGACCAUGACGGGCUGCCGCGCAACUGCAACGUUGCGCUUGCUCGCUGGGCUCAUCGCCUUCGUAACAUCCCUGAGUCCGGCUUUGCUGCAGGGGGCGCACGCUCCCGACGCAUCGGCUCCUCCUCCGCUCAACUGCUCGACCACGGAGAGUUACGGCAAUUUGGAGCCGACGAGAGCCCACCAAAUGGAGGAGCCAAAGGCAUUUAGGUAUCGUCAAAGUUCCGUGGAUGGGCCACAGCAUCAGCAACAACACCGGGACGAGGAUUACAACGCUCGACGUGCCGAUCGAUACCUCGGUAAUCCUACCUUGGACAAGUACUCCGACGACAUGUUGCGUGGACGCCAGGAGGAAAAUGAUCACCGAGACGGGCGUCCCUUAUUUCGUAGAUAUCAGGAUGAUUACGAGGAAAGAAGGAGAUAUUUCGACGAGGAGGACGACACGACGAGCCUCAAGGUUCAACCAUUGGGUAAGGAAGACACCAGUGUUGGUCCAUUGAACAAGAACCAAGACGAUCAGCACGUCUUCGCAAAGUAUCCAGAUGUCCACAGUGUUGGCGGACACCCGAUCAAUCCAUAUCCAAAUAGACACGCCGAUGACUUGGAAUUGAACAGACGCGCGAAUGAGGAAAGCAGAAAGUUUAAUGAUCGGCAGUCAACCGAUCAAAACUCCAAAGUUCAUCCGUCAAUGGAAACUGCAGCGAUUCCUCGUCCCAAUUACGCUACCCACGAAUCAAAGACAAACACCGAUCAGCAGCCCAAUAGACGUUUGGACCAUCCGAUCGAAAAAUCUACCAAUCAACGAGCAGAUAAGAACACCGAUGACCCUUACUCGAGAAAACACUACGAUGGAAUCUCCGAUAAUACGGACAAACACGACGCGGAUCCAUAUCCAAACAGACACCUGGACCAUCUCUACCCCGACGGACGGUCGAGCGAUCGGAGUUACGAAAGACAACUGGUCGAUCACUACCCAGAUAGGCGUCUCGGUUUUCCCGAUCCUUUGCCCGAUAGACAUCGACAAGCCCCUUUGGACAACGAGAGAUUCGACGGUCGUAAUCCAGAUUUCGAAAGACGUCUCGGUGAUCUGGUUCCGGAUAAGAAUAGAGAUCUAACCGAUCUACACCCAGAUGGACGCGUGGAAGGCCCGAACGUGGAAAAGCACCCUGAUGCGAAACAACAGCCCACUGGCUUUGGUAAGGACGAUAUCCGGCCAGAUAGACGCCUGAGCGAUGACGAUUACCGCGCGCGUGUCACGUUCAAGCAAAGCUCUCUGGAACAUGACGACGAGGAUCAGCAUUCGGACGUGAAGGUCGAAAGGUUGCAUCCUGAGAGCAGAUUCGACGAUGGGAUUACAGGUGACGACGACGACGACGAUGACGCGUCGAAAGGGCCACGAAAAGAGUCGAAUGUUUCUCAUCUGGUGACAUUUGCAUCACCAAACGAUUGGGACGAGUACAGGCCGAAGCUUCAUUUCCCGAAAAAGUCCGGCGAUGAGAGGUACAAAAUGGCCACCCUGCACCUGGACAAGGGACUGUUUAUCUUCGAUUUCCUCAGGAGCGUCCUGUCGAUUCUCCUGCCCCGCAACGUUCCCAUAGAUCUUCUAAAAGAUACCCUCGAAGGCAAUGUAGAUGUCUCAACGCUCAUUUCCAAGUCCAUUCACUUGGAGUUGGUGUUCAUCGCCGUGGUAAUAAUCCUGGGACUUUUGAUGUUCGUCGUACCCAGUACCGAGUGUUACCUCUGCUGCAAGUCACACCAGUACAAGUACAAACGCACCCGACAGGGCUCCACAGUGUGUUUCCUCUGUAUCUUUGCAAUAGUCAUUGGCGCGUGCGUGAUGACGAUGCUGGUCACCAACGAGCAAGUGAACGCUGGCAUCGAAAGGAUACCCGAGACCGUCGAAGCUGCACUCCAGGAUCUUCGCGACUACAAUUCCGGCACUGCCAACCAACUACGGAAGUGCAUGACAAGGAGCCUUGACAUCGCUAGCGAAGCCAUUCUCGCGGAUUUGGACAACGUGGAGGAGUUGCUGGGAAAGCCGGUGCAGGCUCAGCUGUCGCAGGAAACAGGAGUCGACGUCGCUCUCGAAGCUCUGAUGGACGUGGCCAAUGCGACGACGGAGCUGGCGUACAAGACGGACGGGCUGCUGAAGCGCGCGGAGAGGGCCCGGGAGUUCGGGAGCGAGUUCGGCAGGGAAGUGGACGACCUGAGGCGCGAGCUCGAGAGGACGACGCGUGACUGCGGGCCCGAGGACCGCUCGCUCUGCGCCGUGAUCGACCCUUCGGGGCUCCAUCUGGCUCUGAGGCUCGAACGGCUGGCUCGGGACGAUCGGCUCGUGAGGCUGAGGUCGACGAGCAGAGACAAUUUGACGGAAGUCGGACGGCAGGCUCGAGGCGAGUAUCUGUACGUGCCGCACCACGUGGCGAGGACCACCUUGGAGGCGAGGAAUCGAAUUCGUAGGGAAAUCAAUACGGCCCGAGCAAAGGUAUCCGACGAGGCCCGUAGCAUCGAGGCGAGUGGUUCCGAUUUGACGAACCAGCUGGAUCAGGUGCGCCGGAUAAAGGACGAAGUGACGCCCUACGUGCAAAAAUUCGAGAACAUUCGCUGGAUAGUGGGCUUUGCGACGGCGAUGUGUCUGCUGUUCCUCUGGCUGAUACUGUUUGCCGCGCUGCUCUGCCGGUGCGGCUGCUGCGAGCACAAAGUGCGCCCGACCCUUUUAUGGUUCGCCUGCCUGAGCUGCCUGACGUCGAUAGCCCUUUGGCUGGUCCUCAUAGCAUCUCUGGCGAUCGCCUCGCACGCGGAGAUGCUGCUGUGUCGACCGCUCGACGACCCGGAGUACAGGACAGUCGAGGCCGUCUUGGAGACGAGAGUCUUCCUGGGCAGGCGACUCAGCGUUCCUAUGAAGGAUCUCUUUGACAGAAAGUGCGAGCAACACGGCUCGGUGUACCCGGCCUAUCAGCUGGACAGUACGCAGAGGCUGGACCAGUUGACGGCCUACUGGUCCUGGGCGGGGUUGAAGCGCGCCUUUGGUAGACUCAAGGUCGAUCUCUCGGGCUUGAGGAUUUUUUCCCCCAACUUGCGCGAGAAACUGCAAAAUUUACUCUACGCCACUGGUCCUAAUCUCACGGAGCAUCGGGUCAUGAUCCAAGGGCCAAUACUAAACAAGGAUCUGAACGCGCUGUCGGAGCAGGUGGAGAACGUGGCCCGGCAGCUGAGCGACAGGCGAACGGCGCGUGCCUUCCAGACCAUAGCCGUACAGAUGCGAGAUCUCCUGUCGCGGCGCGUCAAGCCCCUCAUGAAAAUGCAGGACGAGCUGGUCUACCAGCUGGCCGCGCUGGACAUACACCUGCAGCCCCUGCAGAGCCAAGUCAACCGUACCCUCGUCCAGCUGCGCGAUGUUCAGUACCACAUCGACAAUCAGGGGGAUAAGAUCGGACAGUUGAAAGCGAAAGCGUACGUCGAUAGGUUGUCGGGAUAUUUGGAUCAGUGGCGGGCUCACGUGCUCACCGAGGUCAGCUCCGGAGUAUCCAAGUGCCGACCUCUCUGGGACAUUCUGCGAGGCAUCAAGCUCCUCUUUUGCAGCCACAUUUUGGGUCCCCUGAACGGUUACUGGUUUUCCCUUUUCGUAUGUGUGGUCACUUUACUGAUAUGCACCCCGACAGCCCACAACUUGGCCUCGAGUUACUGGACCCAACCGUCCAAGUCUAGCAGAGGAUCGGUGCUUCUGUCUAGGCAGGGAAGCCCAGAUACGGUUGUCCUGGAGCGCGAAACAUGGCAAACACCGCGUCCGGCACCAUCGAUGGACAGCUGGUGAUCGUCUCAGCUUCACAGUAAAACCCCUCAUCGCGAUGUGACCUACUCAUUAAAAAAGCUGCAAAACCGAGAAAAACAACAAUGUACAUCAUCAAAAUGAACCAAAA